AUGAGCGAGCAAGGGAUCUACACUGUCAGCCAGGACAAGACGAUGAAACGCUGGAAGCCAAAGAUGAGCUCCCCAGGCAAAUACGAACUCGAAGCUGAGCUGCAGGUGAAGCUCAAAGAGUCGGCAACAUCGUUGCUCUUCAGCGGUGGUUGGCUCUUCUGUGGCCUUUGGGAUGGGCAGGCCGCCGGCCGAAUGCAAAGCAAGAGACCUGGUCGUUUCAACCUGAAAGAAGAGAAGAAGAAACAGCGAGUGACUGUGGUGAUCCAGCAUGACAUCAUCAAAGGCACGGAGGGUUUCCCAGCAGCGCACCCUGGUAAGGUCGGAGGCCAAUAUGGCCUGGCGAUGCUGGACUUGGCCACGCUGAAGGCUUGGCUUGUCACAAAGCUCUUGCCACCCACAAAAGCAGUCGUGGACAUGCUGGAGUUUCAAGGCCACAUCAUCGUGGCACCGGCCUAUGCAGAGGGCAACUUGAAGAUCUUCGAUGGCGAGGGGAACUUGAAGUCUGAGACAGCCUCACUGGAAGCGGGACCCAUCCUGCAGGUUUGGAGUCUGGGCCACGCGUGCUGUGCGCCCAUGCUCGUGGACAGGAUGGCACCUUGCAGCUUUGGCAGCGAGUCGAAGCUGGACUGCCAGGAGGGGAACUGGAUCCAGCAAAAGCGCAGAUGCAAGCGGCUGACUAUGUCCUAUCCACCCAGCUAUCCAGCUUAUCCGACUUCGGCGGCGUACCCUCCAAACUAUGACCCACAGGCUUACGCAUACCCGCCGCAGCAAAACUACGGUCAAGAAAGACCGGAGGCUCGACCAGCUGAUGGUGCUCCUCCUGCUGCACCCCCCGCAGCCGUCCCAGCUCCAGCUGCCGACUAUUACUCGCAGCCACCUCCCCAAGCCGCCCCUCCAUCUCAGCCAGAUCCCUACUAUGAUUAUUAUCGACAGUACUACGGCUACCCACCUCAGCCACAAGCCUAUCCCCCGUCCGAACCGCCUGCGCAGGCUGCACAGGCUGCACCAGCACCUGCUCCCGACUACAGUGCUUCAGCUUCCUACCCUCCUGCAAGCAGCUACCCGCCCACUCCCGCUCCAGCUCCAGCUCCAGCUGGCUACCCUCCAACUUAUCCUCCACAGCCAGCGCCGGGAUAUCCAGCAUAUCCGCCUGCGGAGGCAUAUGCGCCACCUCCCGCCCAAUACAACGACCCAGCCAGACCACCUGCGCCGGUACCACAACCAGAUUACAGCCACUAUGCCCAUGCAUACCCAGCUUACCAGGCUCCAGCGUAUGCCUACCCACAGCCGUAUGGCUACCCACCUCCACCCGGCCCACCCGGUUAUCCUGCUCCCUACCCGCCCCCGCCAGGUCCCCCAACUGACCGACCAAACGAAAGGAACGACCGAGCACCAUCCCCGAAUCGCCGCGACGACAGGAAGCGUCCGCGUGAUGGGCGAGAUCGGAAUGAUCGACUCGACAAGAGACCCAAAGAGACGGCUCCUGAUCCUACCAAAAAAUUACUCCAACAUGUGCAAGCGCACAAAGCUUGGAACAUGUUUUGGCUUGAGGCUAUGGAUCCACCACAGCGGCCAGCGAGCAAUCCCAACGUGACAGUACUCAUCUUGGCGACGGGUAGUGGCUCCAAAAGCCGCUCUUCUUUCGGCUUCUUAAUGGCAGCAUCUCGACAGCCACAGAAGCAGAAGGAUCGACAACGUGAGUGUGCACGUGAGCUGCUUGCUCAAGUCGAGCAGCUGCUUGCAAGCAAAAGCGAGGCCGACCUCAGGACAUGGUGCCAAGUGUCGGAAUCAGCCGAAGCAGAUGUCAACCAGGACACAUCUUUGGACAAGCUCAAGGGCAUGAUCUCCAACAGAUUAGCCACUACUGGCAGCAAAGGAUCCCAGUCUGUGGACCUGGAGUUUAGCAACCCCAGCAGCUGCGUGAUCACUUCCUAUGCAGCCUACGAAGACGACAAUUCUGACCCAGACUUGUCAGCGAUGGAUUUUUUUGCGCCUGAUUCUUCCGCACAGCUCGAGGAAGCCCAAAAGCUUGGCGGACUCCUUAGGUUGCGAUGGUAUUUGGCCGUUGUGAAGGCCAUUCGGAAAGGAAAGGAUGACAAGAGGGGAGAGAGUUCACCCUAUCGGCCCUUGGCCCUUGGCGUUGGCUUUGCCACCGACGAGAACGUGGCAAAGGCCCGUGCGCUGCGGGCGGCUGAGGUGCGCGCGGAAGUGCUCACCGAGGCGAUGUUUCUGAAGCCGAGCUCGAAAGGAUGA